GGUGAUUACACGAAAACAAAAACCAUGUUUUCGUGCAACACCAGUGCCAUAAAGGACUGGAGCUAUUUCCUCUCUCAGAUUUUGCCUCUGAUGAACAAAACAACGGGCUUGGUGAAAGCGGAGGCUGUGACCAGCACCAUGGUCACAGCUCUGCAGCCGGACAGCGCCAUGAGCGCCAGUAAACCGCCGCUCAACUCCAACCAUACCUCCGGAAUGGAGCACGUCUUCCAGUAUUCUUACUCAGAGAGUGACCUGCUGUACACAGACUACAGGACACCUGUGAGGGACUCCAUGCCUCUGCCUAAAGCCGUUCUUUACCUGGUCAUGGCAGCGCUGGUGGUGGUAGCAGUGGCGUACGCGAUAGUGGGGCACCUGGUCAAAGAUGUGGUCAAUGACUUUGUGGUCGGUGGUGGCAGGCCGAUGGUUACAGAAGGUGACGGCGGUGAAAGCAGUGAACCAAACUGGCUCCAGGGCUCUCAGCGAUAUUCCCACCGUAACAAUAGCGACAUCAACUGCAUCACCACUGGUAAGAUGGAGGCCGGCGACCUGGGAGAGAGGCCACGGCUGAUGGAGAUGAGCUACAUAUCCUUGAAACACACCUCCAACUGUCUGAGCUCCACCAGACCGGAGGAGAUAGUGGUCACCAUAGACGAGGUUCUACCAGACCAACCACCAGACACUCACUCAGCUGGGACCUAACAUGAAAAAAAAGAAACAAAAACCCCCAAACAUUUGCAUGCAUUUCUAGUGGAGUUAAAAGGUGGAUCUGUCGUGGGUUGAAGUUCAGUCUACAGUUUCAUCACCUGCAUGUGCUGACCUUAAAGGGACAGUUGAAUUUUGAGCCUGUGCUGGAAUGACGGAGGACUCGUCUUCUGGUGUUAGGACUCAACCCUGCAGUACUGACUGUUAACGGAAGCUGCUAAUAAUUUCGAGUGAUCUGUUAAAACCUGUGGGAAACUGUGACAUAUAAGUAUUUUUUUAUAUCCUACGUAACACUGUUGUAUGCAGCUCACUGUGGUCACAUUAUAGGGACAUGUUAAAAGUACAUUUCAUAGUAUUUGCGGGUAUUGUGUUAUGUACUCAAUUGUUAAAUUGGAUAAACUUUUUUUGGACUUUCUUGCCAUGAAUUUGCAGAGUCCAGGGCUUAACCAAACUAUCAAACACUACUUAUUACUCAUCGCUACAGCGCCCUCUACUUGAACCAUUAAAUAUCCAUUCAAAUUAAAUGUUAUUUUGAGUGUUGUGGCUCAUGUUUUUGUAAAAAAUCUUACCUACUGUAAAAUGUAGAAUCGAUAUCUUUACAAGUGGCAGUAUUUGGCAAUACUUUACAGGGGCCAAAUUAUCCAAUUUGUUUUUGUUAAAAUGUACCCGACGUUCUACCCGACGUGUUGAUUUGACAUUGUUGUUAGAAGCAAAAACAGGAUAAAUACUUCAACAGUGCGUCAUCUGUAAGCAUAACACGUUUUUCUUUGAACUGAAAUUUGAAAGAUUGUUGUCAAUUUGUCACUUUGUAACAAGGUGGACAAGUGAAUGGAACAUAAUCUACCUAAUCAGUCUACCAUCACUAUCAGUUUUUUGCAUCUUAUCCUGAUCACUACAACAUUCAGAACAAGUAAGAACCACAUUCGCAGAGCCUCCACAGAGCAGCCUGUUAACACAACAAUAAAGUUCAUAGAAAAAAAAAAAUAUAUACAUAUAUAAGAAUAGCCCUGAUUGCAAAGCAUGUAUGCAUAAUCUCAAAGAAUUAUCAACGUCCAUUAUGUCAGAGACGUGUGCACAUUUUUAUAAUAGACCUGUUAGGAGUUCACAAAAAGUGUUCAGUGGUGUCUUGUUUGUAAGUCAGUGUGUUUAAGCACCAACAGAGCUCUGACUGCAAAAAUCCAAUAUGGAAGUAAAAAAUAGAAGCCCAUUGUUGUUGUGGGAAAAUAAGUUAAUAUUUUUAGUUGUUAAAGAUUUUUGGUUUCUCAGAAUCCAAACACAGCACUUUGAAGCUAAAGUGUAACAACUUUUACGUUAAAGUCUCUGUUUACCUUUAUUACCUCACUGUUAAGGGCUACUGACAUAGGGAGACCGUUUAUAAGAAAUGGACAAGACAUGGCUUUGGCUGUAAAUUCAUAGUCAGUGGGAGAAUGAAGCCUUGUGAGUUGGCAAUAAACAUUUUUAUUUUGUUGUUUUUGAUGUCAAUCAAUAGAUUCAGGUGAUUUUCUAUAUUUAGAACAUGGUAUUAUUUUAGUAAUAUAAUAAAGAUAUUAGUCCCUUUGUUAUGCAAGUCCUAAGGCUUUAAAGUCAACCCCUGCCUCCAUUUCUUAUACUCAGUCUUUGAUUUUACCUCUCACAGCUGCAUUUAUGCAGGAGUUUGUACUGAGGCUGGGGUUGUAAACACAGCUGCUGAAAAUUAGUGGACAUUAAACUCUAGGGUGGGAAGUCAAGUUAAAAAAAAAAAGGAAGACAACGUCCUUCAAAAUGUGUCUACUUCUGCAACAAAGUGUUUUAACGUGAAAAGUUCUGUUUCAUGAAUAAUUUUUCACCACACUGUUGCUGUUAUCAACUUUUCUCUCCAAUAAAUAAUCAUAAGUGAAAGUUUGAUAGUUUAAUGAGUAUUCAUAUAAAGUAUAAAUGAGAAGUAAGAGGUUUGUAGGUUGUGUAAGGAAUCAGGAUAUUUCUGUUUGUUGUUUUAGUGAGAUGUCUUUUCUGUAAAAAGACUUGUGUUUUCAUGUAAAUAUCUAUUUAACUACGAGUCACUUAUGGCAGGUCAAUACAGAUAAUAUAUAUAUAUAUAUAUAUAUAUAUAUAUAAUCUUUAUACAUCUUAUUUA